AUGUCUGAAGCGCCUUUCAAGUCCUUUGCUAUCGUCGGCGCAGGCCCUCACAUCGGGAUUCCUAUCGUGAAGGCAUUCCUGGCCAUUGGCACUCCCAUUCUCGUCAUCGCCCGGCCGACCUCCAAAAACACCUCUGCACUCCCUGACAAUGACCCCAACCUGAAGGUUGUACAUGCAGACUAUACAUCUGCAUCUGAGGUUUCGGCAAUCCUUCGUGAAAACAAAGUGGACGUCCUCAUUUCUACCGUUACAUUUUUUUUCGGAGGCGUAGUUGUACAGGACGUUCUUGCGGACGCUGCAAAGGAGGCGGGUGUGAAACUCUUUGUACCCAGCGAGUUCGGCGUAUCACCGCCAGCAGCCGGUUUGGUUCAUGAGAAGCAUGCCUUUGCAGUCUAUGCGAAGUCGAUUGGAUUGCCCACUCUCCGUGUCUAUAAUGGGUUAUUUCAUGACUUCGUUCCCUGGCUCACUGCACUCACUGAAACUGGCAAGUUUCAUAUCGCGAGCAAAGGAGACAUGCCGGGAUCCUUCACUGCGAUAUCCGACGUUGCAGGAUAUGUGGCUCAUAUUCUUACUACUCAACCACCAUCUCGUCUACUUGAUGUUGAAGUUCGCAUCGAAGGACAACGUGCAACGCUCUCUGAGAUUAGUGCCCUAUACAAAGGCAGUGUACCUGUGGUAUACUGUGAUGCCCUUCCUAUAGAAGGUGUACUUGCUGCGGACAUCCGUACGAGCUACCAGCAGGGCUUUGAUGUCGGAAGAGCAAGUUGCGGUUGGAAUCCCGAUACAAAGACGGAUGACGCGGAAUUGGCGAGCAAGGACAAUUCACUGUGGGAGGGACAUCGCUGGUUGACUAUUGGGGAAGUUCUUGGGUUGUACUGA